UGUGAUUUCCUAUAGAGGAAGGUAAACAAACCGCGUGUAUAUAUUAGCGGUCUUUGAAGACUUCUCUGUCAAACUCAAGUUCAUACUUCUCUUUCAAAAGCGUGUUCUUGCACGAUACCAAGAUUAACAAAAAUAUCAAAACGUCUUACCUUAGACUUUGAGUUGUUACUGUAAGAGAUGGACGAAGAAAUGGAUCAAAAACUGGAAUGGCUCGAAGCUCAGAAGAUAGAGAUAAGCGUUGACCUAUUUUCUGCAGCCAAACAACAGCUUCAGUUCCUCGCAGCUGUUGACCGCAACCGUUGUCUCUACGACGGCCCCGCACUUGAAAGAGCCAUCUACAGAUACAAUGCUUAUUGGCUUCCUUUCCUUUCUAAGUACACUGAGUCCUCUUCCAUCUGUGAAGGACCAUUAGUCCCCCCACUUGACUGUGAAUGGGUUUGGCACUGCCACAGACUCAAUCCGGUGAGGUACAAGACUGACUGUGAGGAACUCUAUGGUAGAGUCCUAGACAACUCUGGCGUUUUAUCUUCCGUUAAUGGAACCUGCAAGUCACAAACUGAGACUCUAUGGAAGAGAUUCUACCCUAUGGAGCCUUAUGACCUUGACUUGGACAAGGCAAUCUCAGAAACAGAGGAAAAAACCACCACUUACGAUCUUGUUUCAGCUAUUAAGAGACAAUGUCCGUUUUACUACCAAAUCUCAAGACCUCAUGUAGACAAUGACGUCUUCCUCCAAGAAGCUGUGGCUAGAUACAAAGCGUUCCUCUACUUGAUCAAGAGAAACAGAGAAAGAUCGGUUAAGCUGUUCUGUGUUCCCACCUACGAUAUUGAUCUUAUCUGGCACACACACCAGCUUCACGCUCUCUCUUACUGCAAGGACAUGACCAAGAUGAUCGGUAAGGUCUUGGAGCAUGAUGACACAGACUCUGACCGUAGCAAAGGUAAGAAGCUCGACACUGGUUUCUCCGGAACUACUGCUAUGUGGGAAGAGACGUUUGGUGUAAGGUACUGGAAAGCUGGUGCUAUGAACCGAGGUAAUACUCCAAAGGCGGUUACAACUUCUCCUUAUGGUUUCUUGGGGAAGAAGUUAACUGGUAAAGAAGAUGUAAUAGUGAUACAAUCUCCAGAGGUGCAAGUCAUUGAAGUUAUCUUGGAGAUUGUUGGUGUUAAGAACCUACCAGAUGCUUACAAAGGAAAGGUGUUUGUUGUGUUCAGUAAAACACAACCUGAUUCUCUGUUCAACGCUGAGCGUAAGCUUACUAUUUUAUCCGAGUCUUGUGGUGAAAAGCAAGUUGCUAUGUUUAGGUGUGAGCCUACAGGAGAGCUUAGGUUCCAGCUAAUGUCUUCUAAGUCUAGAACCUUAGGGUUUGCGUUUUUAUCUCUCUCUGAGUUUCUGUUUCCGGUUACUACUACACUCUCUGUUGAGAAGUGGCUGGAGUUAGCGACACCAGCUAGAAGAGGAAAGGACCCCGUCUCUCUGCGAGUGGCUGUCUCGUUCACUCCACCAACUCCAAGUCCGACUGUUCUACACAUGGUUCAAGCAAGACCUUCGCUGAAAGACUCUUGUUUCUUCCCUCUUGUCGGAAAGGCACGUGUUGCUAAGAUGUUUACACGCGUUGUUGAUGAAACCGAGACAGAGGUGAUGAGUCUUCAGAUGAGAAACGCUAACGACGCAGCACCUAAAAGUGAUGCAAGACAAGUGGUUGGUGCGAAAGGGAGUGGUGAAAGUUAUGUUCUGGCAGAGUAUGAUGGGAGUUAUUGGUCUUUGCUCGACUCUAAAUGGUCGCUUAAGCAGAUAACUGAGAGAGAUGGUUCUUUGUUUGAGAUUAUGGGUGAGAGAACGGUGAAAGUUUACUCUGGAAGGAAGCUGGAGUAUGAGCCAAAACAUUGUGUAAAGAUGAGAAGCGAGCAAGGUUUUUUCAUGACUGCUAUUGAGUUCUCAAAGGAGCAUCCUUAUGGCAAAGCUGUAGGGUUGCUAGACUUGAAAUCUGGUUCUUUUGAGGCUAAUGAGAGAUGGAUGGUUUUGCCUGGAAUAGUAUCUGCUUUCAUACUCAGUGAUCUUCUCAAGAAGGAAGGCUCUCUUGCAGCGGCAAAAGAGACGGUGAAAGGUAAUGAAAUCAAAGAGGAGACUGAUCAAGUGAAGUUAGAAGAAGAAACAAUGAUGAAUGUGGACGUCAGUACUCCAGCUGAUGUAGCGGCUGAGAAGAUCAAUGGUGGUGCUAAGUGCUAUUCUAAGGAGCUUAACGCUAGUAGUGGCUGCGGUGUAAAAAGUGUGAACAUGGUUGAAGAAGAAGAAGGUGGUCAUUGUGGUGGUUGUGGCGGCUGUGGUAGUGGAUGCAGUGGAGGCGGUGGAAGAUGUGGUGGGAAUGGGAUGAAGAAGAGCAGCGGCUGCGGUGGUGGCUCCUGCGGAGGCGGUUCCUGUGGUAACUGCAGUGGAGGAUGUGGUAAUAUGAUCAAGAGUAAUGCUAAUGAAGAUGUUCCAGUACCAUCACCACCAGAAGCUCCAAACAACACCGUUACUGCUUGAUUACUCAAAUAAAGAAGAACCAUACUAAGUUACAUAUAUGUAAUAUUAAUAGAUUGGAUUAAAACCAUAUAAUAAAACUAAAAUGAGAGAUGUUUAACAUG